UUACACUAAAAAGAUUCCGGGCAUUGCAUUAAUCUGCUGCCUGUGGCUCUGGCGUGUCACACGGUUUGUUAGUUUCUGUAAAAUCAUUCCACAUUGUCAUAAGCUGUAUGCUUCCCUAAAAUAUUAAAUCAAAGUAAGCAAUGCGUCGACUUGGGUCAGUACAGCAAAAAAUAUCGUGUGUUUUUCUGACUGAAGUGAAGAAUGAGCCUUCAACGAAACGUGAAUAUCAGAAAUUCAGAGUUUUAGCAACUGAAACCCUGAAUCCUAAGGUGCUGGAAUCAGACAUACAAAGUGCAGUUCCAACUGAAAAACUGGAUGGCACAUGCUGCUACGUAUCUGCUUACAAAGGGAAACCAUAUCUUUGGGCUCGAUUGGAUAAAAAACCCAACAAGCAAACUGAGAAGAGGUUCAAGACGUUCCAGCAUUCCACAAAGGGUUCUGAAGGUAAAGCAUUUGUCUGGAACGUAAAAGAAGACUUCAGAUCAGUUCCAGAAUCCUGGAUUUUUGCUCAUGGCGUUACACAAUGCAAUGGAUAUCCACAGCCAGAUGAAAAUGGUCACAUUCCAGGUUGGGUUCCGGUAGAGAAUGAUAACAAGCAGUACUGCUGGCAUUCUUCUGUGGUAAAUUAUGAGAUUGGAGCAGCACUGGUUUUGAGACCCCACACAGAACAUCAGGAGCUUCUUGAAAUCACAACAGUCCCACUGCAUGAGCUUCUUGAGCAAACCUUAGAACUUAUAGGAACCAACAUUAACGCAAAUCCAUAUGGACUAGGCAGUAAAAAGCAACCAAUUCACCUGCUUGUUUCUCAUGGUGUGCUGGAAAUCCAAAGUGCUCCAGCUGUAAACUACCAGCAGCUAUUAGGAUGGUUUCAGGGAUGUGAAGAAGGAAAAGUGGAAGGCAUUGUUUGGCACUGUUCUGAUGGAACCUUAAUUAAGCUUCACCGUCACCACCUGGGUUUGCGAUGGCCAGUUGAAGACCCCUUCUUGAACUCAAGACCAGUUCUCGUCAAUGUUGACGUGACUCAAUAUGAGUGCGAUUUCAUACCAAAAUCUUUGUUUACAACUUUUUCAGAGUUCAAUGGACGGCAGUUUGACCAUUUAAAAGACAUCUGUUUUGAAUAAGAAGAAAAUAAUAGGAAACCCUAACAGCUUUCCUUUCAUAUUGUCCAUCUAAAAAACAUUGCUUGGUUGAAAAAUUGACUUUAAUUAACAAGACUGUGCAACUGAAUCCUGUAUAUUGUUUUAAAUUAUUCUAGUCUUAGCUGCAGAUGACCAACCACAAUUAACAGCUCUGACCACGGCCUAAAGCAAUGGAGCCAUGAAGAACACAAAGUUAAAACAUGUGUACAUGUGAGGGUGAGAGGUCAUGCCAGAAUUAAUUUGUAGAAAAAGAAAGCAAGUGGUGCAAAAAAUGUCUUCCGCAACUCAAUGGCAUUUUAUUGAGGACCACCGCAUCUUCUGGAGAAUAAAUAAAUAAAUCAGCCCUAGUAUAGAAUAUUGAAUAAUACAAAAUGCAUUCAAACUGGCCACUGGUGUCCUAUAAGGAUAUACUUUGAAAAACAAAUAAAAAUCAAUUUGAAUGACAUUCA